CCUCCAUGCAGUAAACAUGUUUUAUCAACAUUAAAAAUUCGUCACUUAUCGAGGGUUUACAGUAAAAUUAUCCAGUCUCUUUGGGGAAUUUAUACCUGUGAAUUUUGAGAAAUCUAGUAGUUGCAAUUUUGCAAAUGGUGGACGGGCUGUCAUCAUUGAUACGUUAACAUCAGGUGAAAAAUGUAUAAAGCAAGAACUGUAUUUAGUGCACUAACUCCUUUGGCCCCACGCGUUUGUGGGGCCGAAAGGUUCGCAUCAUGGCUAGUGAGGAGCCACCCUUUGGCCAGAACAAGUCAGGUUGUUAUACCUGAAUCAGGACGACGAUAUAGCAGUAGUCGUGUUGCAACUGAACCAUUUUUAAAUGGAAGCACCAGCUCGUAUGUUGAGGAAAUGUACAAUGCCUGGCUCCAGGAUCCAUCAAGCGUUCAUGUCUCCUGGGACUCGUUUUUCCGUAACAGUACAGCAGGAGCAGCUCCUGGUUUAGCUUAUCAGGCUCCACCCUCACUUGCACCAAGUUAUAAUCAAAUUCCCCUUAGUUCAUUAUUACCCCUUGGUGGUGGAUCACAAAUUGGACAAGUUCCCGUCAACGAAAAAAUCAUUGACGAUCAUUUAGCCGUACAAGCCAUCAUACGAUCCUAUCAGAUUCGUGGUCAUCAUAUCGCUAAAUUGGACCCACUUGGCAUCAACAGUGCUGAUCUUGAUGAUAGACAUCCUCAAGAGUUGCUCUAUAAUUAUUACUCAUUUGGAAAGAAUCCGCGGACCACUUACGCUCAAGAUCUACGAAAUCGUGUAGCGGCACUUAUGAAAAAGGAAUCGGAUAUGGAUAGAGUUUUUAAAUUGCCAUCAACGACAUUCAUCGGUGGCAAGGAAAAAUCAUUACCACUAAGAGAAAUUUUAAAACGACUUGAAUCCACAUAUUGUGGACAUAUUGGAGUUGAAUUUAUGUUCAUCAAUUCACUUGAGCAAUGUAAUUGGAUUCGACAAAAAAUGGAGACUCCUGGUGUUAUGGAAAUUACCAACGAUGAAAAACGAUUAAUUUUGGCACGAUUAACACGAGCCACUGGAUUCGAGGCGUUCCUUGCAAAGAAAUGGACCUCAGAAAAGAGAUUUGGUCUUGAAGGCUGUGAAAUUCUAAUUCCAGCGAUGAAACAAGUUAUUGAUAAAUCCACAGAAUUGGGAGUUGAGUCAAUUGUAAUGGGAAUGCCCCAUAGAGGACGACUCAAUGUUUUGGCUAAUGUUUGCCGUAAACCACUUAGUCAAAUAUUCACACAAUUUGCUGCCCUGGAAGCCGCUGAUGAUGGCUCCGGUGAUGUUAAAUAUCAUUUAGGAACGUAUAUCGAACGUUUAAAUCGUGUAACAAAUAAAAAUAUACGUUUAGCAGUUGUUGCAAAUCCCUCACAUCUUGAGGCUGUCGAUCCAAUUGUUCAGGGUAAAACAAGAGCCGAACAAUUUUAUCGUGGCGAUGGUGAGGGUAAAAAAGUAAUGUCCAUAUUAUUGCACGGUGAUGCAGCAUUUUGUGGUCAGGGUAUUGUUUUUGAGACAAUGCAUCUAUCCGAUUUGCCCGAUUACACCACCCAUGGAACAAUUCAUAUUGUUGCUAACAAUCAAAUUGGAUUCACCACCGAUCCACGACAUUCACGAUCAUCGCCUUAUUGUACAGACGUGGCAAGAGUGGUGAACGCUCCUAUUUUCCACGUAAAUUCCGACGAUCCCGAAGCAGUGAUGCACGUUUGUAAAAUGGCUGCCGAAUGGCGUUCAACAUUCCACAAAGACGUUGUCAUUGACAUUGUCUCAUAUCGUCGUAAUGGACAUAAUGAAGCAGAUGAACCAAUGUUUACUCAACCUCUUAUGUAUCGUAAAAUUAAAAAUACACCACGUGUUCUUGAUAAAUAUUCUGGACAAUUGGUUAAAGAAAAUGUUGUAACACCCGAGGAGGUUAAAGAUGUUAAGGAUAAAUAUGAAAAAAUUUGUGAAGAAGCAUAUGGUAAUGCAAAACAAGAGACACAUAUUAAAUAUAAAGAUUGGUUAGAUUCACCGUGGUCAGGAUUUUUUGAAGGUAAAGAUCCAUUAAAAGUAUCGCCAACUGGCGUUAAAGAAGAUACAUUGGUCCAUAUUGGUAAGAAAUUUUCAUCACCACCACCAAAUGCUGCUGAAUUUGUUAUACAUAAGGGUAUUGAAAGAAUAUUACGUGGUCGUUUGGAGAUGGUUGAAUCGAGAACAGUGGAUUGGGCUUUAGGUGAAGCAAUGGCAUUUGGAUCGUUGCUAAAGGAGGGUAUUCAUGUAAGAUUAUCGGGACAGGACGUUGAAAGAGGGACAUUUUCACAUAGACAUCAUGUACUUCAUCAUCAAACUGUUGAUAAAGCAACAUAUAGACCAUUGUGUUAUCUUUAUCCUGAUCAAGCACCGUACACAGUUUGCAAUAGUUCAUUGUCAGAAUAUGGAGUAUUAGGUUUCGAAUUGGGUUACUCAAUGACGAAUCCAAAUGCUCUUGUUAUUUGGGAAGCGCAAUUUGGUGAUUUUAAUAAUACGGCACAAUGCAUUAUUGAUCAAUUCAUCAGCAGUGGACAAGCAAAAUGGGUUCGACAAUCUGGACUUGUUAUGCUCCAACCACAUGGUUUGGAAGGACAGGGUCCUGAGCAUUCGAGCGCUCGUCUCGAACGUUUCUUGCAAAUGUCAGCCGAUGAUCCCGAUUAUUUCCCACCUGAAAGUGAGGAAUUCGCCGUACGUCAAUUACAUGAUAUCAAUUGGAUUGUUGCAAAUUGUACAACGCCAGCGAAUUUAUUUCACAUAUUACGUCGUCAAAUUGCCCUACCAUUCCGUAAGCCAUUAAUAAUAAUGACACCAAAAUCAUUAUUGAGACAUCCUGAGGCAAGAUCGAGUUUUGAUUUAAUGACGGAGAAUACACAAUUUUUACGUAUAAUACCAGAGGAAGGCGUCGCUGCAAAUUGUCCAAAUUCAGUGAAGAGAAUUAUAUUCUGCUCGGGCAAAGUUUAUUAUGAUUUGAAAAAAUCGAGAAAUGAACGUGGACUCGACGAUAAAAUUGCAAUUGCACGUGUCGAACAGAUUUCGCCGUUCCCCUACGAUCUUGUUAAAAAGGAAGCUGAGAAAUAUCCAUCAGCUGAACUUAUUUGGUGCCAGGAGGAACAUAAAAAUCAAGGAGCGUGGAAUUAUGUUCAACCGAGAUUUAAUACUGCUCUUAAUGGAUCGAGGACAUCUUCUAAUGAAGAUUCUAAAAGCGAGGGAUGGUUUGGUACAUUGUUCUCGUCCUCAAAGGCAGAGGACAAGAAACCGACUCUCGAAUCACAAGCUGAGGAAUCGACAAAACCAGUCGAAAGAAUCACGAGGUAUGUUGGACGUCCAACGGCAGCAUCACCAGCAACCGGAAGUAAAGCCCAACAUACGAGAGAAUUAAAACAAUUGUUGGACGACGCGUUAACUUUAUAAUUUAAAUGUUUUUUUUCUCCCUCCCCCGCCCAAAAUCCCCCCUUUAGAAUUGUAGCGAAGUUUAUUUAUUCGUCGAAAUAUUAAUAUUUGUUAUGAUGAGAAAAAAAAAAAAAAAAAAAAUAGAAAAACGGACAUUGUUUCAUAUGUCUCGUGAACAUACAUAAAAGAAGAAAAGAAAAAAAAACCGAAUGAAAGAGAGAGAGAGAGAGAGAGAGAGAGAGACCAUCCUCGUGGAAAUAAUUAAAAAAAAAAAAUUUCCUUUUUUUUUUUUUAGUGCCCUGGCAUUAGUACCGUGUGUAAGAUUAUUUAAUUUUUACGAAAAGUACAAUUUUCCCUUUUUUCUUACCCCGAACCCCCCAAAAAAAAAAAAAUUCCCCCCCUUUCCUUUCCCUAGAAUUUUAUGUCUCUGAAUUAUUUGCUUAAUCCAAAGAAAAUAAACUAGUUCCUUUUUUUUUGUUUUAUUAAUUUUCUCAAAAUACUCAAAUGAUAAUUUUUUCUAUGUAAUUUUACGAGUUUUUGAUUUACAAAAAAAAAAAAUAUUAAUUUCGGGCGAUUUUUGCAAAAAAAAAAAUUAAUUUUUUCAGUCAAUUUUUGCGUAAAAAAUAUUUGCAAUUUAAAAAAAAUUUUUUAAAUUGAAACUUCGGAUUAUUUUGAUCAAAAUUAGAAAAAAAAAAACAGUAAAAUUUUUUUCAAUUAUUUGGAAUCAAUUUGAAAUUAAUUUUCCUUUUUUUUUUUUUUGUUUACUUUAAUUAAAAUUUAGUUAAAAUUAAAAUAAAUCUUUAAUGUUACUUUACUAUUUUCUUUAUUUUAAAAAUUAAGAUUUUUUUUUUGUCUAAAUAUUUUAUUCAAAAUUAAAAUUAACUCGUAAAAUUAUUGUAAGAAAAAAUUACAGUUAAAUUUAAAAAAAAAUUCAAAAAGAGUGAAAGAAAGCGAGAAAGAAAAAAAAGAAAGAGAGAGAGAGAGUGAGAAUAAAUUUUCCAAAAAAAAUUCAUUGAAUAAUUUUAAGCUUACUAAUCAAACUAACAAACAUUAUUUAAUGAUAAUAGUCUAUAAAUAAUAAAAAACAAACAAAAUAAUUUAGAGAGAAACAAAAAUGAAAAAACGAGGAAGAAAAGAAAAAGCAAAAAAGUGAAAUUUGUACUCUUCUUUCUAUAUAAAAUGAACUCAAGUGCAAAUAUAAUGAUUAUAAUUUGCUCUGUUAUCUAUAUAAUUAUUAUUAUAUUGUCUUAGAAAUCGGUGACGACUAUGAAAGUAUUAUUUUUAACUUAAAAACGAAAAAGCAAACAAACAAACAAAAAAAAAAAAAACUGCAUCGUUUCUGCGAUCGAGAUUUAUUGUAAAAAAAAUAGUGCGAGUGUUUUUUUUUUUUGGAUCUGAAAAAUAAAAAAAAAAAAAAUUUUUGAGCCAAUCAAUUAAAAUUUUUACAGUCGCUGUGUUUUUUGUGUGAAAAAAUUAAAUGAUUGGCGCAUAUUAUUUAUUUCUGAGAUGAAGAAAAAGAGAAAAAAGUAAAAAAAAAAAAAAAAAAAAAAAUAUA